AUGCCAAAGAUAGACCCUCUACUUGUACUGGUUACCUUAGCGGUAUCAUUUACCCUCAAGAACAAAUGUUGUUCUGCAUUCCUACCGCCCAUUCCAAUAAUUAAGCCUAUUGAAAGCAUCAUACCAAAUGUCUUAUUUGCAUCAACUCGAAAAAUAAAAACACCAUCGCAUCUGAAUCUUCAGCAUGAAAUCCAUUGGUUGGAUUCUGAAGCACGAGAAGUUAGCAAAGACGAGGACAUUCCAUUGGGGGAAUCGAUUGCAGAGGGAGAAUGCGUCCUCGCGAUACCCAAUGCCGUUAGCAGCGAUGAAUGCCAGAUGCUCUUUCAAGCAGCUUUGCAAGCACAGGACCGACGAGACACGGCUGCUGCUCGAGGCCGUAGCCGAUUUUCAGUGGCCGACCCUAACAAUUUUGACAACCCCAAUGUUGUUUUGACGUGUGAAGAAAUACUGCUACGAGUGAUCGACUACCUCGAAGAAGCCGCUCCAAGCAUCUACGAAACUCUCUUUGCUCCAGGUCCGAACUGGUGCGAAUGGCAACCGCUCAAUGCCCAACUGGAACAACCUAAAACACCGCCAGAUGACGAACUAUUUGAUGGCUUGAGAGAACUGUACGUUACUAGUCAACUGGAAUGGAGUGAAGGAGAACCUGCCAUUAACAUUUACGAAGCCGAUGGAUACUUUGGUUGUCACAAAGAUCACCUGGCAUUGACUGUAUUGGUACCUCUCCUCAACCCAGGCGAAAGCUUCUCGGGGGGAGGCACAGGUUUCUGGGCAGGAAAUCGAGAUACGAGUGAAAACCCGGGGACUCCGCCAACCAUUGUCCUCAAACCACCUGCCGGCACCGCACUGGUAUUUGGAGGCGAUGUCACGCAUUCGGGAAUGCCAGUAGAGCAGGGACUCCGAAGCGUACUAGUAUGCAGCUUCAGCACCAAAACAGCUGCCAGCAAUCCGGAUAGGUUGCAUGGGUUGCAUGCUCCACCAACAACGAGUGCCAACUUUAAGGGUACGUUGUAG